AUGGUGGCGACGAGAAGUAUGAGACAGAAGCAAGAGAACACAGGUGAUUUUGUUGAAGGUCGCCCCUCAGCAGCUCCAGAACCACUGGGACCUUCAAGGCAACAUGUAACGAACUCAGCCCAACAUGUGGACACAGACUCCGAUUCCGACCCCAGCUCGGACGGAGAGUCUGACUACUCAGACUCCGAUGGCGACAGGGGGUCUGGCUACCCAGACGAUGAGAGUGACUCGUCUGAUUCCGAUUGCGACGACGAAGAUGACGCUCCGAACCUGUUCGAAUGCGCGACUAUAACGACGAACGGAGAUGUUAUGGCACUGCAAGACUCGGCUAGGGUCAGAACAGACACUGUUCUGCCAGCAACUGAAGAAGAUCUGGAGACUUGUCCAUACUGCCCCAGGAGUUUUUUUCGAGCAGCCUCCUUACAGCUUCAUUUUGAAGCUUGCCAUGCUAGCCAAAAUGAAACUUGCUCGCACGAAGAUUGCCAAGACAGCCCAGGCGUCUUCACACUUUGGGCCUUGAAGCUGCACCGCUUUGAGGCUCAUGAGGCAAUGGCAAUGGCAAACCGCUGCCCAUUCCCGGAAUGUCAAUUCAGCUCGAGAACCAAAGGUCGCCAAGCACGACGAAGAGUCCUGAUGGUGCACUUGAAUGUUCGACACGCGCUCGUCACGGGCUCCUUCGCAGCUCUCCAGAGCCUAGAUUUGAAAGAAGUCAUGGGGAGGACAACCAUGAUCGAUCCGAAUUUCACCUACAUUGACAUUUCCACCAGUGCGGAUAUCCCAACAUCGACUCUACCAUUACCUGGAGCUCUUAUUGAGGAUUGUCAACAGGUCGGGGCACGCCGCAAGCCGUCAUAUAGAUCUUCCGAAAUCUAUGAGCAGUUACGUAUCCAAGCUAUUUUUAAGGAUGAGGAAGUGAUUUACGACCACAAUCUGUUUAAGCUUGCUUCCAUUGGGUACGACGGUAUACUCCUCUAUCGCCAAGGUAUCAGAUGCGUUGGCGCAUGGGACACUUUGAGUUGUGUUUCCAACAAAACUAUUAACAUGAGAAACACUAUCGUAUCCUUUACCGUCAAAAGAAACGCCAAUGGCAUCUUUCAGAAGACGUUGAUCUUGGGAACAGUCUAUGAAACUUGCCGAGGAAUCCGUCAGCUGAUAAGCUCAAUGUUCUGUUCAGGUAGAUGGCGUGCGCCGACAGCUGAGCAAGACGCAUGCGACACACUUAAUUGCGGCAACCAAUUGGCUAUGGGAACCCAUCUAUGCUUGAGCCAUGCCCUCAAUGCGGUGGACAGAAGUGUGACCCGAUCACCAGUGAGGAUUGCCGUCGAACACAACCAGAAUCGGCGAAUGAAUUGCGAUAUCAGCACUCCCAAUGAGGCCGCACGAUGGUUCGCAGAUGAAAGAAACAUAAUUCAAGGCAUUACGCAUGAAGAAAUCGAGUUUUAUGAACGGCUUCGUGACCGUCGAGAUGCUUUUGCCACGGAUGUCGAGACUGUGGGCCCUCUUCUCAUCCAAAUGGCAAUUAUUGAUGCGGAUCGUAAUGUUGUUAUCGGAGGGUACAUCCAUCACAGUUGUGCAACGGUCAAGGAACUGUGGGAUCUUGCUACCAAGACUUGCGGUGGGACUUUGACCAGCCGGGAAAUGGCUGCACUGCGCAAAGCUUUCGGUUCGCCGUCCAUGAAGAAACCCCGUGGCGAUAGCAUGCACUGGCUUGUUGAUCAGUUAAAGGCACUCAAGAUGAAGUAUCCGGAUAUGCUUAUGGCUGAAUGGGCCACUCAUCCCUUCGAUCAAAUUGUUUAUCGCGAUAACAUCAAGCGCGCCGGAUACAACCAUGAAGACAUUCUCCCGGCCCCUGGGAACUGGGUGUCCCCUAUGCGAUGGCUCCAAGUAACUGGGCCAAUGCUGCCAGGCUAUCAGUUAGCAUAUGUUGCUUGCUUGUACUACCCCUCAGACCUAGUAUUCAGAUGGCAUGAUGCUAUUGUGGAUGCGGUGAUGUUGAUGGAUAUUUUAUCCACCCGACAGCAGAAGUACCACCACGGAAAAGUUGAAGAUGCCAGUGGCGAUGGAGACAUUUUGAUUAGGCGUCCCUGGACUGCUCGCGAGGAGAAACUUUGCUUGUUGUUCCUGCAGGAUAAGCUGGAGGAAUACAAGUUUGCUACGCAGAUGGCUUUGUAUCGCGCCGUAAGCUAUCACCUCUUCCAACACGGGUUUUUCCGAACCAGUUUGGCAGUUGCUGAGCGUGUGACCCGCAAGGCGCGUCGUGAAGAAUCAGAAGGCGAAUAUGGGACUUGCCCAGACAAGCAAGCACAUGAUUUACUGAUGAGCAUAAAUAACACACUGUCGGCGCCCAGGUCGACACUGUGGAGAGUAGCUCUCCUUGAGCCAAACGCCAACCCAGCUGCAACGCUGAUUGUUCAACAGGCAUACGAAACGAUUCCUAUCAAUGCCCAAUAUGGAGGGUGGUUUUGGUCGCGAUGCCGAAAUCGGGCACAUGCUCUUAACAAAACUGCCGGCAGCGCGUGCACCGAACAAGAACUUGACUUGGCGCUGCUUACCAUGGUGAACGAGAGGAGAGACAUCCGCUGUGGAAAUUGUGGGGCCGCAACUCGCGACAGAAAAUGCAAACUUUGCAAGGCCCAACGAGGCAUCGUUGCAAGACUUCAUGUCGAUGGCCUGGUGCAACUCGCUUGUAUUGAAGAAGGGUGUAACGAAGACCGACUUGGGGGGUUAAGAAGAUGCGUGAAUUGUUUUAAGGAGCGGAUGAAGAGUUUCCGCAGGUCUAACAACAAAGACCUGAUUAGCUUGGGUACAGCCGAUGAAGAAAGGGUCGAUAGUGGCGAUGAGCUGGCUAAGAGCAGCAACGCGGUGGCUAACAAGAGGAAGAGAGAUCAAGACGAUGAGGAUGACAAUCAUCUAAAGCCCUACAAGAGACAGCAGUACUCGGACACUGAUGAAGGCGAGCAGUCAGACUGCGACUGCGGAAAGCUAAAGCAGGGGAAGUCGACGAGGUGCGCCGAUUGUGCCCGGGAAUGGAGAAAGAAGAGAAUCAGAGAGUGGAAUCAAAAGAAACGCGAUGAGGCGCGUAUGGCUAAAACAUGCGAAGAAGAGGAUUGCCCCCGACCACCAGAGGGCCUGUCUACAAGGUGCGCUGAAUGUCGUCAGAGGAGGAAGGAGGAAAACAAAAAGGCGCGUUCCAAGCGGAAGACAGUCGAGGCCAGGGAGAGUCGUGAAACAGGAGUGCCUCUCGGGGAGUGCAGAAAAUGCAAAGUACCUUCUUACAGCGAAAAAGGGCUGUGCCCCACCUGCUUAAGAGCUUACAAGGCACAGAGAAGGAGAGAAAAGAAGAGAGAAGACGGCAUUGAAACAGACUGUAUCGAGGAUGGCUGUGAUCGAGAGAUUGUGCCAGGGCAAGCAAGGUGCGCGGUGUGCCUAGAGAGAGUGAAGCCGAUCUGCGAGAGCUGCAACGGGGAGGGGAGACGUGGUCUCAAGAGAUGCGCACCUUGUCAGAGAGUCGUUGACAAGGAGCAGCAGAAGAUACGCGACCAACGGAGGGCACUAAAGAAACAGCAGCUUGCUGCCCAGUCUGCCGAUGUUGAAGAUGGUGACGAGGAAUAG